CAACAACGGCAUCAAAAAGAUCGUUUGUUUGCGGAACGCUACGGUAGGUACUGGUGGGUACAAUAGGAUUUCGUACGUACGCACGAGUACAUAACGCACUACGUACCGUACUCGUCGUUUCGUACAGAAUCCCUUGGUCUCCCUCCAUCGACGCCCAACCUGCUCGACAACCGCAAAGCGAACCAUGCCAAUCACCAUGAGACUGGCACCGACCCUUGUUCUGGCCGCUCGAGCUUCUUCGCUUCUCCUCUCCCCGCCGACGACCCUUCCCACCGCCCGGGCCUUCUCGGCGCAACACAGCAACCGCAGCAGCAGCAACCGCAGCAGCAACCACAAACGGAACAUGUCGACCGAAUCCGACCAAGACGGCAAGCCCGCCCGGCAGCUCGUGGUGGAUCCCUUCUGCUUCCGCCAGUUCGGGGAGCACCCCCAGAGCGGAUCCUACGGCGGGACGGUUUUUUCUUCGCUGACCGUCGCCGCCUUCGAGGAGGUCGCCAACGCCCGCUUCCGAGAGGAGGACCUGAGGGACGGCUACGCCCCCUUUUGCAAGCACGUCUUUCUGGAGAACGACUUUACGGGGGACGACGCCCGGGUCAACGUCCUGCCGGUGGAGGGCAACGAGGACAAGAUCCGGACCGAGUACGCCGCCCGGAACGACAAGGAGCUCCCGGUCCUCCAGCGGUUCAUCCCCCUCGAGGCGGUGGGCGGGGCCGAGGAGCUCCCGAGGGCCAAGUACCUGGACCUGAUUCUGUACUCGCGGGACCAGAUCCGAAAGGAGAACGAGAGCAUGGGCAACGAGAACGUGGAGGGGGACGAGGAGGCCCCCUGGGGGAUCGUCAGCAUCAAGGCGCAGAUGGAGGACUUCGAGCUCCCAAUGAAUCCGUGCGUAUCGACAGAACGAUGGUUGUUGCGUUGUGUUGUGUUGUGUUGCGUUUCGUUCUCUGUUUGUGGUUCCGUACUCUUUUUCUGCGUCCCUUUUUCGCUCACACGCUUUUUCUCUGCACGCGACUUUGCGUUGCGUUUCGUUGUGCAACGUUUUGCGGACCGCAGGAUCACCCAGAUGCGCAACGCCCUGGGCAAGGACCAGGGCGGCUCCGGAAUCCCGCUCACCCGCGAGGAAUACAUGAAGAGCGUCGAGUACUGGACGGCGAACGUCAACGUAUCGUAGCGUUCGAGGGGAGGGGGGCCGGCGUCUCGUCUCGUCCCGUCCCGUCCCGUCCCGUCCCGUGGUUUGUAGGU